AUGCCGGAAAAGGAGGUCGCCUAUCAUCAGGAGGCGUUCUCCCUGUUGCCGCCACCGCCGCCUCCGCAUCAUCCGCACUCCGCCUUCCACGCAGCGUUUCAUCCGCACCCGCAUCCUCAUCCGCCGCCGCCAUUUCAUCCUCACCAUGGACCUCCGCCUCCGCCGCACCCCGCGGCUGCAGCUGCCGCCGCCUGGGAGCAUCACGCGGCCGCCGCAGCCGCAGCAGCCGCCGCAGCCUUCCACGCGCCGCCCCCUCAUCCAUUGCCAAGCAGUACGACUGCGAUCGGCAGUGCAGCCACCGGCGGCGGUGGCGGAGCGAGCGGCGGCGGAGGCGGAGGCGGCGGGGCUGCUGGGAACGGGACUUCCGGCGGUGAUUUUCUCCGCAGAAGUCACCCCCUCUCGGAACAUACGGCCCUGCGUCCCGCCUACCGGCUCAACUACAUGGACCACCUUUACCACCAGCUUCAGGCCUCCACGCACAGUCCCAACGCCUCGUUACACGGACUGGGUGGUUUGGGGCCCGAGUACCUUCUACACGCCGCGGGACCAGCAAGUACUCUCGCAUCCACGGAAUUCCCCUUCUCCAUUGACGUGUCCGCGUCGUCGAGGCUAGGAAGCCCAAGGGCGUCGACGAUCAGAGCAAGCCGGAAACGGGCACUGAGCAGUUCCCCGUACUCGGAUCGCUUCGACAUCGACAGCAUGAUCAGAUUCAGCCCAAACAGUCUGGCCUCGAUCGUGAAUGGAUCGCGGAGCAGCAGCGCGAGUGGCAGUUACGGUCAUCUUUCCGCCGCAAUGAGUCCGACUCUGGGAAUGCACCCGGGAAUGGCGCCGCACUUGCAACAGCUACAGGCCCAUCUCCUGAGGAGCGCAGCUGCAGCGGCGCUUCUCCCCCAUACUCAUCCCUUGCAGCCCCACGCACCUCCACCCCCGCCGCCUCACCCGCACCACCAUGCCCACGGGUUAUCGCCCCAUUCGCAAUUGUACCCCGGUGUGCCGCCUCAUUCCACGGCCUCGGCGACUCUUGGACCCCAUGGCGCAGGACUGCCGCCAAAAUCGGAGAGCGCAGAAUCGUGCAGAAAAGCGUCGGAGUCGUCGACCAGGUCGGUGACGGCGGAGGCGGACACCUCCUCGAGGAGAGCCUCGACGAAGGUAAAAAGAGAACCGGCAACCACGACCACGAAUGCUACGACAACCACCGCGCCACCGACUCAUCCUCAGGGGCUAAGUCCCAGCGAGGAUCUUCGGGACGAACCUGGCGAUUUCAUCGAGACAAAUUGCCAUUGGAGGGACUGUGGCCUCGAAUUUCCAACCCAGGACGAUCUCGUGAAACAUAUCAACAACGAUCACAUCCACGCGAACAAGAAAAGUUUCGUUUGCGGCUGGGAGGAAUGCUCGAGGGAGGAAAAACCGUUCAAGGCCCAGUACAUGUUGGUGGUGCACAUGAGAAGGCACACUGGCGAAAAACCUCACAAGUGUACCUUCGAGGGCUGUUUCAAGGCGUACUCGCGGCUGGAGAACCUCAAGACGCACCUCAGGUCUCACACGGGCGAGAAACCGUACACGUGCGAAUAUCCGGGGUGCAGCAAGGCGUUCAGCAACGCCAGCGAUCGCGCGAAGCAUCAAAAUAGAACUCAUUCCAACGAGAAACCCUACGUUUGCAAGGCGCCGGGCUGCACCAAGAGGUACACCGAUCCCUCGUCGUUGAGGAAACACGUGAAAACCGUGCACGGGGCGGAGUUCUACGCCAACAAGAAGCACAAAGGCGGUGGCGGAGAUGGCGGAGGAAGCGACGAAGCUGGCGCGGGCGGUAACAGUCCUAGCAGAAGCGAGGACCUCCAUCCAAAGACGCCUAGCCUGUCGAGUCCUAGUGUGAAGUCCGAGAGCGAGGCUAACAGUCCACCUAGCAUGAUGCAACAGCAAGGAAGUCCUCUGGUCGGUGGCUGCAACGACGAGGUGGCGGGUGUCAGUGCGUUGACCAGCGAAGGCGUCUCGCUCACGGAGGAACCUUGGAACGAGGAACCCGACGACCUGGAUAUUGCCGAUCUGCCGGUUGCUCUUCGUGCUAUGGUCGGUGGAAUGGAGUCGCAGCAGCAGCAACAGGCUCCGGCACCCGCCUCGAGGAACCGUCUGAAAGGAAGAUUGCACGCCAAGGGCAUGUCAAGCCUGUCCGUGGUGCCCGGAAUGAGGGGAACGCGUGGCGUGGGUCCUCAGGGUAACAUCGGCGAUCUGAACAGAAGGAUCACUGACCUGAAAAUGGAAGGCGGAGGUCCUGCCCGGCAGACCAGUUUGGCCGACCUCCAGUUGAGGCUGCAACCUUUGAACGAGCCGAGAAGGGACAGCAACAGCACAGUGAGCACUUAUUACGGCAGCAUGAAGUCCACGGACUUUUGCAGCAGAAGAAGCAGCCAAGCCAGUGGCGUCAACGCCGUCAGAAUUGGCCACGCCGGUCCCGGAAGCUUCUACGAUCCGAUCAGUCCGGGCACGUCUAGAAGAAGCAGUCAACUGAGUACCACUUCCGGCAGAAUGAAUCCACCGAGUCACCUCCAAGGGCCCUUCUUGACGAGCAACCUUGUCGUUCAAACGCAGAACAUGUCCCUGCAAGGCAUUCAGGGAGCACCGGGAGAUUGGAACGGUUCGAACGGCCAUUGUACGCAACCAUCCGGUGAUCGUCGUAUGUCCGAACCAACCAGAGGCCAACAAACUCAAAGAAACUCCCCCCUCGUACCACCCAGGCCCAGGUCCGUUCAACUUCCGGAGCACCAUCCUAACCAGGAAGUUAUUUUGGACGAAGUCGGAGAAGGUGAAAUGGUAGAGAACAAGCUGGUCAUUCCGGACGAGAUGAUGCAAUAUCUGAAUCAGGUUCAGGCAGGUGGAAGCCAGAUCAGUUAUCGCAACAGCCCCUUACCGCUCUGCCAAUCCCCGAUAUGCAGCAAUCCUCUGCACUGUCAACGCCAGAUGCAACCCACCUGUAACUAUAGUCCGACUCACCAACAGAACUGUUAUCCCCAACAAUCGCUCAGCCAACCUCCUUGCACAAACUAUCAGAAUUCCUCUCCGUCUCCUUACAGCCAAUGUCCGAGUUCCCGGUCCGCUCAGCCCAAUCCACAAUACUGCCCUCCGCCCAACUAUCCCUCGCAACCCAACAGCGGUCAAGUCCUUAGCCCUGCAGCAGGCCAAGUGAUGUCGCCUGGAUCUCAUUACGCCCCCAGUCACAUCAGCGAUCAACCUCUAACGUCCCCCGCGGCUGGGGCCUUGGCGCCUCAACACGCUCCCCAAAAUCUUCCUCAAAAUUCUGCUCAAUUGACCAGGAACUGUCCCCAGACUCACAUGCAUCACGGUUACUAUCCCGGUUACGGUUGUCAGGGACAGAUGAACGCGAACUGUACCGGAAAUCCGAACGGUCACGCGAACCACCACACGAAUCUUAGCUGCCUCCCAGCUAGCCACCCCGCGAUGACCCAGCAGCAAUGCAGCCAACCGCACGCGGCUGCCAAUUGCCCUCAGUUGUCCCCGCACUGUACCCAGCCACCCGUUAUACCCAAUCAAACCAUCGGGCAUCCUAAUUCCCAGUGCGGUCAGACGGGCAACCAGUGCGCCAGGCCAAUGGUCACCCCCAACGGUCAGGUGUCGAACUUCCAUUCUGGUCAGCAGACCACGGUGACGAACCAUUGUCCCCAGUUGUCGCCCCACUGUUCCCAAUUGACCAUGAACAACCAGACCAAGCCGAUGACCAACAUGACCGGUCUCCAAGUCUGUCAGCAACAGCCCCUCUCUCCUUGUCUCCAAAUGACGAACUGUACACAUUCGAACGGCGGGCAUCGACCAGCCGUGGACAAUGCUCUGUCCAAGAGAACGUCUCCCCAGUUGUGCACCGUGCAGCAAACCAACUGCAGAGUGCAGCACCAACAGCAUACCUGCACGCACAACUGUCAAGGUCGGAACAAUCCCCCGAGCCAUCAACAGUACAGUUGCAGCUGCCAAUGGAAUUACGGUAGCGAUCAAUGUUAUCACGAGCAACACGGAGCCUCCAUGCCCGAAAUUCAGUGUCGGGACAUCAGUCAAUCCCAGCAGGGGUCUCCGAUGAAGCCGCCGCAAGGGAUGAGGCAGGAUUCGUACAGACGGACGCUAGAAUACGUGCAACAGUGUCGAAAUUGGUCGGGCAAUGCCCACACGCACGAGACGAAUGUCUCUAGUUCCACCCACCCCAUGUCGCUGCCGCAGCCAUUGCCGUCGAGCGCGAACAUGGUGGUGAACGACAUGACCUCGUCUCUCAGCUCGUUGCUCGAGGAGAACAGAUACUUGCAGAUGAUUCAGUGA